AUGCCCGUGCCCGUCUUUGAGAAGAUCCGCCGCGACCCGGACGACGACGACGACCACGACGACCACGACGACGAAUAUCGAGAGUCUGUUGCGGACGCCUGGGAAGAAGUCACAUCCUUGCCAGCCGUUGUCACCAUCAUGGGCACCCACCUCACCCUUGACAGCACUGGCAUGCCGUUCGGCCUGAACACCAAGAGACCCCCCGACUUUCUGACCACUGCCACAACCGCCAAAACUACUCCCGCGCCAUCUUCAGUUCAGUCGACUUCGAUCGAGAUCACGCAGUCAACCAGUGUUGCCGUCAGUCGCCCGAGCGAAGUUGGAUCCGGCCCAAACGCGGCUUCCUCAGCCACACAUGGCGCACCAACCUCAACGACGGCUUCGGAUCCUGUAGCAAACAAUGCGAGUUCUGCAGCGAGUACGUCUUGUGCCACUUCUUCUGCUGUGGAUGGACUACCGAACGGCGCCGCCUGGCCGUCGAGCACUUCAGGUUUUAAUGAGAACAAUGGAGGAGUAACAAUGCCAUCAGAUCCCAAUCCAGAUAACAACCAAGCCAACUCCGGCGGCGGCACGCCUCUGGGACUCAUCUUAGCCGGCGUCAUAAUCCCCAUCCUGGUCGUCUCGUUGCUCGCCUUCGCCGCCUUCGUUGUCAUGCGUCGCCGGAGGCAGAGGAACGCACAACCUACGCUGGCCCAAGAAGAGAUGAAGCUUCGUCCCGGCAGUAGCGGCGACGACGACUACCACCCUCCGCCCGUUGCCGUCAUCCCUGUGGGAUCUUCUCCGCCUCCGAUGAUCCGCGAGCCCUCCCCGCCGCAAACAGCAGCGGCGGCGGCGGCGGCGACACCUCCAAGAGCAGUGACGCCAGUCCCAGCACCGCCGCCCGUCAUCGUGUCCGCCAUGAACCCCGCGAACAACUCUUCCUACUUCACCGGCAUCGACACGUCCGAGGCGCUCUCCAUCCGCACAAACUCGGUCCGCAGCAGCGGUCCCCCGCAGCGGCCCGCCGGCUUCAUGCUGGACGGCGAGUUCCACGAGGAGCCGCCGCCGCCCUACCGCCCGCGCAGCGUGCCGCCCAUUUCCCGGGACUCGAGUAUGCGCACCGCUAACUAUCGUGGGGUGGCUGACUGUGCUGGAAGCAUCCGACUUGCGAACGACCAUCACGAGUCGCCGCAGCACAAUCCGUUCGCGGACCCGUCGGAUGACGGCAUCUCGGUCAUGUCCGAGGCGCCGAUGAAUCCGUUUAUGCGUGACGACGAGGAUCGCCUCUCCGUGGUCUCGGAUAUGUCGUAUCAACAAGAGCCUGUGACGGUGCACCAAGGCGUAUGA